GCCUCCAGCGGGCAUGGCCUCUUCCGGCUCUCCACGAUGGAGGUGAAGUUGGUCCAUGUGGCUCUGGUCUUCUUUUUCCUCCUCUCCGUGGCCAUGACCACCUGCUUCCUCUGGCAGUACAGCCUCCCCAAAGUGGAACCCACCCCAUCAGUAAUGGAAAUAAAGUCUGAUGCAGUCCAGAUGUGUCCCCGUUACCCAGACCCUGUGCCUCUGGAUCACCCCAUCCCAGUCUUGAAGGAUGCUCUUGAAAAGGUAGACACCCUCCUUCGCCACAAAAUUCACAGCCCGGGUCUCCCAGCUAUGUCAGCCAUCGUCAUCUACAAUGACACAGUGCUUUGGACUGGAAACUUUGGGAAAAGGAAUGGCUUGGACCCUUUCUCUGGCAUCCCCAAUGAAUACACCAUUUACAGAAUUGCCAGCGUCUCCAAGAUCUUCCCCACCAUGAUGCUGUACAAGUUGUGGGAGGAAGGCAAAGUGACGUCGCUGGACGACCCUCUCGAACGUUACGCCCAGAGCUUCACCAUCAAGAACCCCUUGGGGCGCCUGAAGGAACCCGAGCAGCGGUACUCGGCGGAUGGGCUGAUCUUCCUCGAGAAGGGCUCGCUGCCCCUCAAGCCGUCUCCGGUGACCCUGCGGAGGAUGGCCAGCCAGCUCUCAGGACUGCCGAGGCGGCUGCGCUCCACCAGCCUGCUGUGGAGAGGAACCACCCAAGAUGCUCUGGCGCUCCUGAAAGAUGAUGUCUUGGUAGCAGACCCGGGCACCAGGUGCCAUUACAGCAACUUGGCAUUUUCCUUAAUGGCGCACGUAUUAGCAGAACACGCUGCUGAGGGCGAGUACCAGCGCUGGGUCUCUGAGAACAUCCUUGACCGCCUGGGGAUGGAGGACACAGGCUUUGACAUCACACCUCCCGUCCGUUCCCAGAUGGCUGUCGGUUUCUACGGCAGCGGACAGCCAGCCCCGCUCUAUGACCUGGGUUGGUACAGGCCUUCUGGCCAGAUGUACUCCACGGCAGCUGACCUCGCCAAGCUAGCCAUGGUAUUCCUGGGCACCUAUCACCGGCGUCUUCUGGAGCCGGACACCGUAAAGACCAUGCUGACGCCCCUCCUCAAGUGCUCCAGCGAGUACUUUGCCAACAAGACAGGCACGCCCUGGGAGAUCAAUGAGCAGAUGGGCUACGAUGUCAUCAGGAAGGACGGCGACCUGGAUGGCUACUCAGCCACUUUUUCCCUGAUCCCCAAGCUCCGCUUGAGUUUUAUUGUGCUGAUGGCCGGGCCCCGUCCUCAGGGGAGAGACAUCAUUGCACAGUCCUACGACUACCUGAUCCCAGCCAUGGAGACUGCCUUCCGGGAAGCGGAGAAGAGCCUCAAUGCCCCUCCAAGUCCCACCCCUUACGUUGGCUACUACACCUACUCGAACCUGACUUUUUAUGAAAUCAAGGUCGGCGCUCAUGGGAUACUGGUCAUGCAGCAGUUUGGGCCCCAUAUCGAGGAGCUGAUCCCUGAGAAUUAUCGGACCAUCCGGUUGCAUCAUCUCGAGGACCGGGUCUUCCAGGUGGUCUUUGACAAGGAGUUCCCGUGCACCUUGCGCUUAGGAUCGGCAUCAGUUUCCCUGGAAACUCAAGAUGGCCAGCUGUUUAACUUCUACCCUUUCGAGCGUAAGGGUUUGUCCCCUGGCUUCGAUGCUCCGGGACUGAACACGUACAACGUGCUGCGUAUCCCACGCAAGCCGGUGUUCUACAGCUAAUUGCCAACCAAAGGGAAGUGGUGUUGGCCCUGCGAACGUCUGAACGGCAUGACUCCGGGGAAUCAGAAGGGAAGGGAAAGAUAGCGAAGAACGGGAGUUCAGCACACCGAUGGCUUAACUAU